CUUUGGACUUCAGCAUGGUUGCUUCUCAGUUGCUGGCUUAUAUGGCAAUCUUGGUGUUCUGUGUCUUAAAAGCCAGCUCCCUGGACACGUUUCUUGCAGCUGUUUAUGAGCAUGCAGUGAUACUGCCUGAUGCCACCCUGACACCAGUGUCUCGUGAAGAAGCAUUGGUGCUAAUGAAUAGGAAUUUGGAUCUUCUGGAAAGAGCGGUCAUAUCAGCUGCACAGAAGGGUGCACAUAUUAUUGUGACUCCAGAAGAUGCCAUUUACGGCUGGAACUUCAGCAGGGAAUCUGUCUACCCCUACUUGGAGGAUAUCCCACACCCUCAAGUGAACUGGAUCCCUUGUAAUAAUCCGAACAGAUUUGGCCACACUCCAGUCCAAGAAAGACUCAGCUGCCUGGCCAAGAACAACUCCAUCUAUGUCGUGGCAAAUAUUGGAGACAAGAAGCCAUGCAAUGCCAGUGACCCUCAGUGUCCCCCUGAUGGCCGUUACCAAUACAACACUAAUGUGGUAUUUGAUUCUCAGGGUACGCUGGUGGCACGCUACCAUAAGCAGCACCUUUUCAUAGGUGAAGAUCACUUCAAUGCACCCAAGAGCCCUGAGGUCGUGACUUUCAACACUACAUUUGGAAGGUUUGGCAUUUUCACAUGCUUUGAUAUACUCUUCCAUGAUCCUGCAGUUACCCUGGUGAAAGAUCUCCACGUGAACACCAUACUAUUUCCCACAGCUUGGAUGAAUGUUCUGCCACAUUUGUCAGCGAUUGAAUUCCACUCAGCUUGGGCUAUGGGCAUGGGAGUCAACUUCCUUGCCUCCAAUAUCCAUUACCCUUUGAUGAAAAUGACAGGAAGUGGCAUCUAUGCACCCAAUUCUCCAAGGGCAUUUCAUUAUGAUAUGAAGACAGAAGAAGGAAAACUCCUCUUCUCGCAACUGGAUGCCCGCCCAUACCACCCCAGAGUGGUGAAUUGGACUUCUUACGCCAGUAGUAUAGAGGCAGUCUCAUCAGAAAAACAGAAAUUUAAGGGAGUCGUCUUCUUUGAUGAAUUCACCUUCGUGGAGCUCACAGAUGUUAUGGGAAAUUACACAGUUUGUCAGAAAGAUCUCUGCUGUCAUCUGAGCUACAAGAUGUCUGAGAAGAGAUCAGAUGAAGUUUACGCCCUUGGGGCAUUUGAUGGGCUGCACACGGUGGAAGGGUGCUAUUAUCUACAGGUUUGUACUCUGCUGAAGUGUAAAACAACUGACUUACACACGUGUGGUGACUCAGUGGAAACGGCUUCUACCACGUUUGAGAUGUUCUCCCUCAGCGGCACCUUUGGAACCCAAUAUGUCUUCCCUGAGGUGCUGCUGAGUGAAAUGCGACUUGCACCCGGAGAAUUUCAGGUGUCAGAUGAUGGAUGCUUGUCUAGCCUGAAGCCAACAUCUAGACCUGUCUUAACAGUGACUCUUUUUGGGAGGUUGUAUGAGAAGGAUUGUGCAUCAAAUGCUUCAUCAGACCUCACAGCACAAGCACGAAGAACCACGCUGAUAGUAAUGAUAUGUAUUGUCCAUUUAUUAAGUUGGUAG